AUGCCUCUUUUGGAUGAUGCGACGAAUUACCCGUUUGUUUUCACCGUCCAAGACCCUCGGACCACGAAUCUCGUGUUCAAGAUUUAUGAGGAGAGUUCGUUGGAAGAUAGGUACAGACAUAUAGGCAGCGCCGUUGGGAUCAUCGAGAGUCUCAAAUGCGGGUUGGGGACGGAAAGAGAGAGCUUGGUGAGGAAUUAUACGAUACCCAUUUUAGGCAAGGAGAGCUUGGAUUUUUUGGGGACGGUGACUUUUGAUUUUCUGCUGGUGAGACCGUUUCCGAUUUUUGGUUCUCGUUCUACUGCUUCGAAGGGGAUCUGGGAGGAAGGUGGUACUGCUGUUGUUGGUCAUAGAGGUGAGUUCUUCUACUGUAGUAUGUACAGUACUUGUUGUUCUAAAGUGGUGGCAGGUUUGGGACAAAAUAGCCCUGCAUUCAAGAGAUUGCAGAUUGGCGAGAAUACCAUACAGGUAUGAAGAGGGUAUUGCUUCCGGUCAGGUUUCGCUAAUACGACGAAGUCGUUUUUGAGCACUGUUAACCUGGGUGUUUCAUACAUCGAGGUGAGAUUUAUUCUACCUUGAUUCUCGAUUGAAUCUAAGAUUACUGAUAUCUCACAGUGCGGUAUGCAAUAUGCUUAUUAGUGUGUUCUUCCGGCUAAGACUUUAGUAGACGUGCAGUUGACAAGAGAUCACGUUCCAGUAAUCUAUCAUGAUUUUCUAGUUAACGAAAGUGGUGCAGACCUGGCUCCGCAUAACCUUAGUCAUGAUCAGGUAUAUCAAUCCCACCUGCUCUAUUCCAACUCCACAUUGACACCUCUAUUCAGUUCAUGUACAUCAGCAACAUCCAAAGUCCCUCUGUCACCUCACCGACGGGAGUUAAGCCAAACCUACCAAGACCUCGAUCCAAAUCACUCGAGCUACUGGAAGAUAGUAAAAUCCGGGAUUUUGUGGACCGCAUGAGAGGAACCCACCACUUCAAAAAGAAAGGAUUCAAAGGCAAUCUUCGCGGCGAUUACAUACAUAGUCCCUUCACCACACUCGAAGAAGUCCUCAUUAAGAUCCCCGAGAACAUCGGAAUAGACAUAGAACUCAGUAAGCACUCCCCCCUCCCUCCUCCCAAAAAAGAAAAACCACACCCUAAAAGAUCCCAGAAUACCCCAUGCUCUAGGAAGCUCAGGACUGGAAAAUGGACCUCCACGGCCCCUCACUAAACACCAUCCUCGACACCAUCCUUACCACCGUCCACAAAUUCAGCCAUAACAGAACCCUAGUAUUCACCUCCUUCAGCCCCGAACUCUGCAUCCUCGCCGCACACAAACAAGAUACAUACCCCGUCAUGUUCCUCAACGAAUCGAAUCUCUUCCCCACGGGCGACGUGCGAGCAGGUAACCUCCAAGAAGCGCUGCAUUUUGCGCGUCGCUGGGGGUCACAGGGGAUUGUCAUGUCGAGCGAGCCGUUUGUGAUGUGUCCGGCGUUCGUGGGGUGGGUGAGGGAGUGUGGGUUGGUUUGUGUUUUGUUUGGGGGGUUGAAUGAUGAGGUUGGGAAUGCUUUGGUAUGUUGGACCUAUGGACAUAGCCUCCUUCGUGUUUCUCUGAUGAAAAUUUCUUCCUGGAAAUUUGCACACUCAAACCCCAUCCCUCUUUAUUCCCAGAAAGCAAGAUAACAAAGCUAACACGUCGAAAUUCAGAUCCAAGCAAAAGCCGGUCUCAACGCGAUAAUCGUCGACAAUGUAAAUCUAAUCAAGACCACCCUCUCAAAGGAAGGCUUCGCUUAGGAUCUUGGCAUUCGCAAGGGUACUCAGCUUUCUGAAUUGGUUUCUUUAGAUUAGGUUUUAGGCAUCGUUUGGAAUGAAUCUAUUGGGUUUGAGUGAAAUGAAACUGCACUGUUAUGCUGUGGCUAGAACAUCACUCUUGAUUUAGACGGCAGGGUGGCUGGAUGAUUAUAGGUUGGUUAUAUUAUAGAUCUUUGGGAAGUGGGGAAUUUACAUCCUGUUUCGUCA